CCCAUGACAGACUGUGGAUCAUCUUCUAAUACAAAUCUUUUUCCUGAGUCUACAGAUUCCCUUAGAAAAGAAUGGACUCAAUAAAUGUCUCCUUGGUGACUGAAUUCAUUCUUGUAGGAUUAACACAUCAUCCUGAUCUCCAAAUACCCCUGUUCCUUCUGUUUCUAGCAAUGUAUCUAGUCACUGCAUUGGGAAAUUUGGGUUUGAUUAUUCUAGUUUUGCUAAAUUCACAUCUUCACACACCCAUGUACUUUUUCCUCUUUAACUUGUCCUUUAUAGAUUUUUGUUAUUCUUCUGUGUUCACUCCCAAAAUGUUCAUGAACUUCAUAUUAAGACAGAAUGUCAUUUCCUAUAUGCAAUGUAUGACUCAGCUCUAUUUCUAUUGUUUUUUCGUUGUUUCUGAAUGCUAUAUGCUGACUUCAAUGGCCUCUGAUCGAUAUGUGGCCAUCUGUAAUCCACUUUUAUAUAAUGUGAUCAUGUCCCCUCAAGUUUGUUUAAAACUAAUGAUUUGUUCCUAUUUGAUGGCAUUUUCUGAGGCUGUAGCUCUCACUGUGUGUAUGCUGACAUUGACAUUCUGUGAUGCAAACAUCAACCACUAUUUCUGUGACAUCCUUGCUCUGCUCCAGCUCUCCUGCACAAGCACUUAUGUUAAUAAGCUUGUAGCUUAUGUCAUAGUGGUCAUCAACAUCAUUGGUUCCACUCCUACCAUCUUUAUCUCUUAUGGUUUUAUCCUUUCCAGCAUCUUCCGCAUCAGUUCCUCUAAGGGUAGGUCCAAAGCCUUCAGUACCUGCAGCUCCCACAUCAUUGCUGUUUCUCUGUUCUUUGGUUCAGGAGCAUUUGCGUAUUUCACACCUUCCUCACCUGGGUCUGUGGAAAGGGCAAAAAUCUCUUCUGUUUUUUAUACCAAUGUGGUUCCUAUGAUGAAUCCAUUAAUCUACAGUUUGAAAAAUAAAGAUGUUAAACUUGCCCUAAGAAAAAGUUUGGCAAGGUGGAAGGUUUAACUGGAUAC